AUAACAUACAGAUGACAACAAAAGCUACUAAUAAAAGUUCAUGUAAGAUUUUUCAGUUUACUCAAGUGAUAAACAUUGAAAAAUUCUUCCAGGAGACGCUUUUUUUUAAUUAAGAUUUACUUACUGUACUCUGAAUAAAAACGCUCGCUAAUAUGACUACAAAUAUAGGCUACAAUCUAUAAGCCUAAAAUGUGAGUUAUCUCCAACGGAUUUAAGUCACAAUUUGUUGGUUUGCGUCUAUACAAGAUUACUUUUACAAACAAAACCGCCCUGAGACAUUUUGACUACAUUGAAAAUCUCCUCCCUGUAAUUCAUCUGCUAUUGAGGUAAGUAUCGUGGGCGUGGUUGCGCGCGCACACACACAAACACCUGAGUUUCACAGAAUUCUCUUCACGCGCUUUUUAUGAUACGAGCCACUGACCAGCGCGAAUUUACAGACUGGAUUUAUUUUGUUGAUUUGUUUGGUUACAGUUUUUGCACAUCCCAUUUCUUAUUUAUCUGUUUGUUUACUGCACUUACCCGUAUUAUGGUGUGAGUGACGCGCAAUUCACCUUAAAACACCUCGACAAAAAACGUGGCUAUAUGGCUUCAUGUCUGUGUCGAUACCGCCGGCGGAUCAUCUUGUUCUGUUCACCAUGCAUACUGCUGCUUCCAGUCUGCAUCUACGUCAUGAUUGCCAUGUCCUAUGUCAUGAAACACGGUGACACCGGUGGGUAUGCCGGCCCUGGAACCUAUGUCUCUACUGUUUCUCUUCCUUUACUGCCAGACCGCUUUAUAGCCCGUGGUCUUAAACGCUCCAGAGAUCUGGCCCCACAUCCGGAAAAAUCCUUCUGGAGAAGCGAGCUAGAAAGCGGGGCACUAUGGAACAUCAUCCAGUACAUGAUGGAUCGCCAGCGCAACCCCAUCCUAAGUCCAAAUCUAACUAUAGAAACAUCCAGUAAUUUGGAAAGAUCCAAAAGUGAGAAUGGAUGUUCUCCAAAUUCUAACAUUGACAUUACGAUGCCUGAUUUCCUCACUCUACCUACCCAGAUGAAGAACUUCGUGAGGACAAUGCAUUGUAGAGACUAUGCCAUAAUCAUAGACCCUUCAGAUGUUUGCAAUCAUGGACCACUUGCAAAGAAAUGGGCACCGAUGUUGCUUCUAGCAAUAAAGACUCAGACUGCGAAUUUCGAAAACAGGGAAGCGAUAAGAGAAACCUGGGGACGUUCUGGAAGGAUAAAGACCCGGGAUGGGCAGCUAAAAAUUGUUCGCAGGGUCUUCCUUCUUGGGAAGUCCAAAAGCAGGCAGCAUGAAGAAAAACUGCAAUUAGAGAGUAAAAAGUAUGGUGACAUCCUCCAAUGGGAGUUCACGGACGCCUUUUUUAACCUCACCCUGAAAGAUGUGCUGUUCUGGGAGUGGUUCUCAAGGCGGUGCCCACAUGCCAGAUUCAUCUUUAAAGGAGAUGAUGAUGUGUUUGUGAGGACACCUGCUGUUCUGGACUAUCUACAGGCUGUGGAGGCCAAUGAAAGCUUAUCAGAUGAAUCCAAAAACAUGGAGAGCUUUGUCAUUGGGGAUGUGAUACACAACGCAGCACCUAUACGCACUAAUAACACCAAGUAUUUCAUCCCGGAGAGCUUUUUUAAAGGGCUGUACCCGUCAUACCCUGGUGGAGGAGGGGUGGUUUACUCUGGCUCUCUGGCCCAUAGGCUUUUGGAGGUUUCACAAAGGGUUCAUCUGUUCCCCAUUGAUGACGUCUACUUGGGCAUGUGUCUUCGAAGACUGGGGGUUUACCCCGUCCACCAUCCUGCAUUCCUUACCUUUGACUUUCCAAAGGAUGAGCCCAAAGAACCCUGUGCUAAUCAUACCAUUCUUCUGGUGCACAAGCGUAGCCCAGCUGAGAUGUUCAAACUUUGGUUUGAAACCUUGAUUCCAAGUCCUGAAUGCAGAAACGCAACGCUUAGGGUUAAACCUAGACCUGACUGAGUUCUUCUGAGUUCAGAAGACUUUGACUUUCUUACUUGAAGGAAGUUCUGAUGUUUAUUGAAUACUUGAAAACUAGUGUUAUGCAAUGCAUGGUAUUUUGUAUAUACUUUUGAUAUUUUGAGUCUUGAACUAUUUUUUAAAGUUCCGUUAAAACAUGUAGCUGCAGAUCUUUUCUUUCAUGUUGUGACAUGAAGAGAAACUCAGGGUUUUUGACAUUUUGAUUAAAAACUGAUGUAAAGAAUAAAAAUUAAACAUGGAUGAA